AUGGCGGGCGCACAGCUACAUGACGCCCUCAGCUGCCUGAGACCGAAGGACUUCGCCUCCGACGUCCCCCUCGAUGACCUGCAGCCAUGGAUGCGUGGCAUCCUCGCGAAUGGCGAGACCAUCGUCAACUCUGUCCCCCAGGUCCCCGGCGGCACCGACUUCCUCUCUUCCGAGCGCAAACGAUCCGACGUCAACGGCGCCCACAAUGCCUCCGAGAUGACCGUAUCAGACGCCCGUUCCCCGCCUCUCGACCCGUCGUUCGAGCCUCUCCAGCAGGUCUGGGGCAAGCCGAUCAAAGCCAGCAACAAUCCGCAAGGAAUUUCCGUGUACAAAUUAGCCGGCGCGGACAGAUACGGCUCGUGGUUUGCGAGGAGAAGCGUGCACGAGGGCCUGGGGUUUUCCAAAUGGAAACGGGCUCUCCAACAGGAGUUUGCCGAGAGCUUGGCCGUCGAAGGCGGGCCUGGAGUCGGCAGCAUCAGAGGCAUUGGUGGAGACAAGCGGCUCGAGCGACAAGUUGUCGAGGGCCUUGGGAAAUUGGAAGUACUGCAACUAUCCGCAAAGUUCCCGGCACCAACGGCGCCGCGAGAAUUCAUCACCAUGCUCCUGACGUCCGAUCAUGCAUUGAGCGAGAAGUCCAAGCCACAUGUGGAUGAUCACGCCGCUGCGGAUCAGAUCCCUCGGCACUACAUGAUCGUGUCCAUACCGUGCGAACACCCAGAAGCACCCGUUAGAAACAACCUCGUACGAGGCAAUUAUGAAUCAAUCGAGAUGAUUCGAGAGAUACCCCUUACCCCCGCAAACUCUACAAAUGGAGAUAUAACAAGAAAGGAAGAAGCCAGCCCCGAUGAUCCGGAAACCAACCCGGUCGAGUGGAUAAUGAUUACACGGAGUGAUCCAGGCGGUGGAAUACCAAGAUUUUUAAUCGACCGUGGAACUCCAGGCUCCAUUGUCGCAGACACGAGCAAGUUCUUGGACUGGGCCUGUGCGAAGGAGGACCUCCCAGACCCAGAAAAGAUUGAGCUGGAGGGUCUACCGCCCACGGUAGACAAGGAGGCAUUGCAAGCGGAAGACGAGGCGCAACCAAGAGCAAGCUUUUCUGCCGCAUCACGGAACGCGCAGCUCGCCGGCGUGGGCACAAGCAUUGCAGACCUGCCGCUCACCGAGCCCUCUGCCAUCAAAAAUGGUAAGGACAACAACGGUUUUCUAUCAACCCUCUCGAAUGCCGUCGGGAAUGGCAUUCAAAGCUAUGCUCCCACAUCGGUGGCCUCGUAUCUCCAACCCACUCCCCAAGACUCAUCAUCGUCAUCUUCAGGAUCCGACAGCGUCAGCGACACCGAAAGCCUCAACUCAUUCGCUUCCGCCGAGCAAUGGGCCACCGCCAACGGAGGCCCCGGCGGCGACGAUGAGCAGGCUCCACCCUUGCCUCCCAGGCGCGUUUCGGGCGAGAGCGUUGGCAGUGACCUUACGAGGAGCCAGUCGGCUCAGAAUCGCUACGAGAGGGAGAUGCAGAAGCUGGACUCGAAGCGGGCCGCGCUGGACGAGAAGAUGCGGAAGAUGAAGGAGAAGGAGCAAGCGCGCGAACAGCAAGCCACGGAGCGGGAGGAGCGGGACAAGCGCAAGGCCGUCGAGAAGUACCAGCGAGAGAUGGAGAAGCUCGCGGCGAAACGCGACAAGGAGGCCCAGAAGCGGGAGCAGCGGAAGAAGAAGGAAGAAGAGAAGAACGUCGUCACUCGGGUGCAGCGUGAGCGUGACGAGUUCAAGUCGCGCGCGGAAAUGGCAGAGCACGAGAACAGAUUGCUGAAGGAACAGCUUGGCGAACUGCAGCAUCAGAACACGAAGCUUGUCCAAAGCUUGGGUAAGAGUGAGCAGGGGAAGCAGGUAUUACGAUCCAUUAACGAUGAGAUAAGUAGGGAAAGGAGCUCGAGUACCACGUCGAGCGUCAGAAGCAAGGGCAGCAAGAAGAGCGACGAGAAGGUCACUGGGUGA